UGCGCACAACGCCACUCAAUCAUGGUACAUCGAGAUGCGUCGGUUCAGACGAGAGUAAACACACGGCGUUCAUUCAGUGAUUUAUGCGUUUGUGUGUUUGGUAACUUCCUCGUGGGGUUUGAUAUAAAUAAAAUGUGAAAAGCAUUUAGAUUCAAGGAGAGAGAAAGAUUUUUUUUGGAACGCCAUGUUUACCUUUUUCUAUUGUACAUAUCCAAAUGGGAUGAAUAAAGUAUCUAUUUAUCUCAGUAUUUAUCUAAAAGGCCAGCAGUUCAUCUGUACAAUAUGGACCACAACACUGUGGACUAGUGCGCAUGCGCAGUACGCAAACACACACACACACACACACACACAAGCCAACUCCAGAGUCGAUCCAGCCGUGUAUUAUGCCGCUUCGAUGCAAUAAAAAGCUGCCGGAAAAUCUGCACGGAAACGCUCCCGGAGCUGCUCGGAGUGAAACUGAGUGCUGACGCUCAGGUCCUGAGAUGGGAUGUGUGUGUCGACGAGGGAGUAAGGAGAAGAAAGAGGAACUCAUCAGUGAUUAAAGAAAUACAUCCAGACCCAACCUCGAUUGAGCCACACACUCCUCUCCGCUGUCCACAAUGUCGGCGGUCACAUCUCCCACCCAGGCUGCUCCCUCUAUAGUCAACCCGCCUCCACCUGAAGUAACGAACCCCAGCAAGCCUGGCCGGAAAACCAACCAGCUCCAGUACAUGCAGAACGUUGUGGUGAAAACACUGUGGAGGCAUCAAUUUGCGUGGCCCUUUUACACACCUGUGGAUGCCAUUAAAUUAAAUCUUCCAGACUAUCAUAAAGUCAUCAAGAACCCAAUGGACAUGGGGACGAUCAAGAAGAGACUUGAGAAUAAUUACUACUGGACAGCUGGUGAAUGCAUGCAGGAUUUCAACACUAUGUUCACAAACUGUUAUAUAUAUAACAAGCCUACAGAUGAUAUUGUUCUCAUGGCCCAAGCCCUGGAAAAAAUCUUCCUCCAGAAGGUAGCACAAAUGCCCCAGGAGGAGGUGGAACUGCUGCCACCACCCCCAAAAGGCAAGGCACGCAAGCCCGGUGCUGCCCAUGCUGGAGAAACUCCGCAAGCUUCGGCACUGUCCUCGACGUCCCCGUCCUCGUCAUGUCCAAGCUCUCCUCCUCAGCCACCUCAAACUCCCGUGAUCGCAGCGACGCCUGUACCAACCAUCACCUCCAACGUCCAGGCCGUUCCAGCAGCUGCACCCAUGAUCCCAAGCGCUCAGCCUGUCGUCAAAAAGAAAGGGGUAAAGCGGAAAGCGGACACCACCACGCCCACCACAUGCGCCAUCACGGCCAGCAGAGGCGAGUCUCCCACUCCCCUGCUGGAGUCCAAACACAGCAAGGUGAUCUCCAGGCGUGAGAGCACCGGGCGACCCAUCAAACCUCCGAAAAAGGACCUGGACGACGGCGAGCUCCUGCAGCAGGGGAACAAGAAGAGCAAACUGAGCGACCACCUCAAGUACUGUGACACCAUCUUAAAAGAGAUGCUGUCCAAGAAGCAUGCCGCCUACGCCUGGCCCUUUUAUAAACCUGUAGACGCAGAAGCUCUGGAACUGCAUGACUACCAUGAGAUCAUCAAGCAGCCUAUGGACCUCAGUACAGUCAAAAAAAAAAUGGACAGCAGAGAAUACCAGGAUGCCCAGAGUUUUGCAGCAGAUGUUCGGUUAAUGUUCUCAAAUUGCUAUAAAUACAACCCCCCUGACCACGAGGUCGUUGCCAUGGCAAGGAAACUUCAGGAUGUGUUCGAGAUGCGUUUCGCCAAGAUGCCAGACGAGCCAGCUGAACCCUCGUCCCCUGGAGGCACGUCUGCCACGGCGGUAGUCAGUAAGAGCACGGGGAGCAGCGAGAGCAGCGCGGACUCCUCCAGCUCCAGCUCCGACUCGGAGGAGGAACGAGCCACCCGCCUGGCAGAGCUGCAGGAACAGCUGAAGGCUGUUCACGAACAGCUGGCCGCUCUGUCACAGGGCCCUGUGAGCAAACCAAAGAAGAAGAAAGAAAAGAAAGAAAAGGAAAAGGAGAAGGAGAAGAAGAAGAAGGAAAAAGAGAAGGACAAAGACAAAACCAAGGCCAAGGUGGAGGAAGAGAAAAAGCCGAAGUCCUCGCAGCCGAGCAAGCCGAGUCAGCCGAAGAAGAGUUCAACCAGGAAACCCAACAGCACGUCUACUACCAGGCAACCGAAAAAAGGCUCCAAACCCAGCGCGGCGAAUUACGAGUCAGACGAGGAGGAAGCACUUCCCAUGUCGUACGAUGAAAAGCGGCAGCUCAGCCUGGACAUCAAUCGUCUCCCCGGUGAGAAGCUGGGCCGCGUAGUGCACAUCAUCCAAUCCCGCGAGCCGUCGCUCGACUCCAACCCAGACGAGAUCGAGAUCGACUUCGAGACGCUCAAGCCCUCGACGCUGCGUGAGCUCGAACGCUACGUCAAGUCCUGUUUACAGAAGAAGCAGCGCAAACCUUUGCCGGGCACUGGGAAAAAGAGUGCCAAGACUAAAGAGGAACUGGUUCAGGAAAAGAAGAAAGAGUUAGAAAAGAGGCUGCAGGACGUGAGCGGACAACUGAACAACAACAAGAAACCGCCCAAAAAAGAGAAGGCGGGCUCAGUGCCAGGGGGCGGGCCGUCUCGGCUGAGUGGCAGCAGCAGUUCUUCCGACACGGGCAGCAGCAGCUCCAGCGGCUCCAGCUCCGAGAGCAGCGACUCGGACUGAGCUUUUCACGCAUCAACCUCCUCGGGGUUUUUUUUGUUCUUUUCAUUUCUAAUGAGUAGUGUUUGCUGUCCUGAUAGUGUCCCACUUGAAGACCUGUUACAUCCUGAGUUUAGAAGCGAAAGACAGAAGAUAUUUUAAAAACGAAGCAAGAUAACCUGUUGUAGAACGCCCUCUGCUCGGAUUAAGAUAGCCGACAGUGGAACGGUGGCGGCCUUCAAAGGAGAAACACCUGGUCUACACCAGGAAAAUAUUUUUUUGUGAAUAUGGAGACUUUGAGUUGUUUGUCCAUCAUCCCCAUCCUUACCCUACCCUUCCCCCACCCUUCCCCCGUCCCCUGGUUCUUGCUCCGAAGAGCCCAAUAACAAGUGCAUAGUCAAUUAGUAGCUUCAUUAAGUGCGAGUCAAGGAGCAACUUUCUCUCGUUCUGCUCUGCUGGUCAUGUAAACAUGACGUUCCAACUCAUUCCCCUGAAUCUUUCACAGGUAAUGAUAAAUAUUCAUUGUUACCUUUUUAAAGAAGAACAUAUUUAUUUUUCAUCCGGUCGGGUUCAUUUCCUGGUGUGCCAGGAGUUACAAAAAAUAUCAAGACGAACUUUUGGGGAAAAAAAGAAAAAUUGGUGCAUCAUGAUUGCGUAGCGUGAAAAGGGGUCGUACUACGGCCCGCUUUUCUUUUUCCCAAACCCCCCCUCCCCCAAGUGUCAGUAAAGUUCAGAGGUGUACAUGGAGAGGCCUGUGUGUAGUCUGCAGUAGUUUCACUCAUCUCUGCACUGUCAUUUCCUCCUCUCACGGUGCUCGUCUCUCGUUCAGUAUUUGAUCUUAAUUUGUCUUUAGUUUUUGUUUUAACUACAUUAUACAUUCUCAAUAAUGGGUUUGUUUUUAUACAUUAUUUGAACAUACUCGAUUUUUAUUUUAUUUUUAUUUCACUAAUGAUAUAUUUCAGUAAUGAUAUACCCAAUGUGUGUUUUUUUUUUUUUUUUGUUUGUUUGUUUGUUUUUUUUUUCCUGCAGCUUCUGGAAUGCAUUAUAUUAAUCACCACUGUCUUUGAUUGACUAGUUUAUUCUUAAAAAAAAAAAAAAAAAAAAAAUUAUUUAUUUUAGAAGCAUAAUUGGCUGUCUGAGUGGAAACUCCGAUAUCCGUGAAGAGCCCAUAUUAAACAGUCUGGUAUGUACUGUUCCUCUUUGGCGAACUCUCAAAUCCAGGACGCUUGCUCUCAUGUGGAAUACUAGUAGUAUGGUCUAGUACUAGUACUGGUCCUCAUGGCUGUGUCCCCGAACUUAAGAAGACACUCGUCUCAUUUGCCUGUAAAAACUCAGUGUUCACUUCAGCAGGUUAUGUUUGGUAAUUUCCAAAGUAUUACACUAAUGACUCUUUUUUUUUUUUUUUUUUGUGAAUAGAUUUUUUUUUUAUGACCAUCUCUUUUGGAGUACUGUAUUAAAUGCUUUGAGUGGUACUUCAGUGCUGAACCGGGGUUGUCGGUAUAUUUUCUUGCCAAGUUUUUGAACUGAUACAACUCGUACAAAAACGAACGUCAUAGACAUUGUGUCCUUUGU